AUGCCCGUGCAGGCGACGAAGACCUACACUGACGCGGUGGACUACAUCGGAGCUGCGGCGGACGCCGCGACGAUCGAUCGCUCGGACCAGAUCUGCGACAGGGUCCUGGUCACAGAGGUGGAGGGGAUGAUCUUCAACUACCUGAAGAAGGAGGGGGGGGACGCCAUCAAGCUGGCCGCCAGCAUCGUGGCGCAGGCGGCGAAGCUGGACAAGCUCAAGAUCAAGGGCUCGGAGGCGGCGACGGUGCACCCGCUCCUGCACGAGCGGAUCGAGAGCGCCCGCGACUGGCGGAGCCCGCGGCAGUGGGCGCAGGUCGCUGAGGCGCCCAGUGGCCCGCACACGCAGGCAGCGGCUGCGAGCACCGUCACGGUCUCUGCCGCCGCGCGCGCCGCCUCUGGUGCUCGCGCCGUGGCGAGCAGCCUGGCGCGCAGUGCGCUGGACCCCAGCAGCGCUGCCGCCCUGGCAGAGAUCGGGCGGAAGGCACCGCAGCCCAGGGACGCCACGACCCCGCUCCCGCUGGCGAGACUCAGCGCGCCAGCGCCUCCCGGAGCGCCAGCAGCGGGUCGCGCUGACAGCGCUGGGCUUCCAGAGCCCGGUCGAGCACCGCCGCGCGGCACCGGCUUCCUGCAGGCCUUCGGCGGCCUGCCGCAUGGGGGCGCGCAGCUCGCGGGUUCAGAGCCCCGCCGUGCAGGUGCUCGCAGCGCGCAGGCCGCGCAGAGUGGUGCAGCUGCCCGUGAGGCAUUGCAACCUGAAUUGGAUCCUGUGCUUUGGGCCAAGUAGCAUCGCGACCAGUUUUCUCUGCUAUGUGGUGUGCGACGGCGCGCCAGCCGACUCGCUCAUCUGGCUUUGGCUGUUUGCAUGCCCGCAGGACUUUCCCCCUCCUCGCCACUGCAGUGAACGACUCAUGCGAAGGUGUGCUGCAGGGGGAGAGCGGCGUCGGCCUCGCGGUCCAAAAAAGUGCUGGCUGCUCUGCUUCACC